UGGCAAUCAUUAAGAACCAGUCGCUGCUUUCUGCUGUUCGGCGGACUUCGCAGAGCACAGGCACACAACACGAUCCGACAAGAUGUACUCUAAAACCAUUGGGGCCCGUCAGGCCGUCCAGGAACACGUUCUCGCUGUUUCUCGAGAUUUCAUCUCUCAACCUCGUCUCACGUACAAAACUGUGUCUGGUGUAAAUGGACCUCUAGUAAUUUUGGAUGAGGUGAAGUUCCCUAAGUUUGCUGAAAUUGUACAGUUAAAGCUUGCCGAUGGCUCACUUCGAUCAGGUCAAGUCUUGGAAGUUUCUGGCUCCAAGGCUGUUGUACAGGUCUUUGAAGGGACCUCGGGCAUUGAUGCUAAAAACACUCUCUGUGAGUUUACUGGUGACAUCUUACGUACUCCCGUAUCAGAGGAUAUGUUGGGUCGUGUGUUCAACGGAUCAGGAAAACCCAUUGACAAGGGUCCUCCAAUUCUUGCGGAGGAUUUCUUGGACAUUCAGGGGCAGCCUAUAAACCCAUGGUCACGUAUCUACCCUGAGGAAAUGAUCCAAACUGGUAUCUCAGCUAUUGAUGUUAUGAACUCCAUUGCUCGUGGUCAGAAGAUUCCCAUCUUCUCUGCUGCUGGUCUCCCACAUAACGAGAUUGCCGCGCAAAUUUGUCGUCAAGCUGGUCUUGUAAAGCUACCAGGAAAGUCCGUGCUAGACUCCCAUGAGGACAAUUUCGCUAUCGUAUUCGCCGCUAUGGGUGUCAACAUGGAAACCGCUCGUUUCUUCAAGCAAGACUUCGAGGAGAAUGGUUCCAUGGAGAACGUGUGCCUCUUCUUGAACUUGGCUAACGAUCCCACCAUCGAACGUAUCAUUACUCCACGUCUGGCUCUUACCGCUGCUGAGUUCUUGGCAUAUCAGUGCGAGAAGCAUGUCUUAGUCAUCCUUACUGACAUGUCCUCUUACGCUGAGGCUCUUCGUGAAGUGUCAGCCGCUCGAGAGGAAGUACCCGGACGACGUGGUUUUCCCGGUUACAUGUACACCGAUUUGGCCACAAUCUACGAACGUGCCGGUCGUGUAGAGGGUCGUAACGGAUCCAUUACACAGAUUCCAAUCCUUACUAUGCCUAACGACGAUAUUACUCAUCCAAUUCCCGAUUUGACUGGAUACAUUACUGAGGGACAAAUCUAUAUUGAUCGUCAACUUCACAACAGACAAAUUUAUCCUCCUAUAAACGUGUUGCCUUCUUUAUCCCGUCUGAUGAAAUCUGCUAUUGGUGAAGGCAUGACCCGUAAGGAUCACUCUGACGUGUCUAAUCAACUGUAUGCUUGUUAUGCCAUCGGUAAGGACGUACAGGCUAUGAAGGCUGUCGUAGGAGAAGAGGCUUUGACUCCUGAUGAUCUUCUGUACCUGGAAUUCCUGUCUAAAUUCGAGAAGAACUUCAUCUCGCAGGGUGGUUACGAGAAUCGUACAGUUUUUGAGUCUCUGGACAUUGGUUGGCAGCUUCUGCGUAUCUUCCCCAAGGAGAUGCUUAAGCGUAUUCCAGCCAGUACCCUGGCUGAAUUCUACCCUAGGGAUUCACGUCAUUAAUCGCUCUUCAAAUCGUAACUCAGAUCGCGUCGUACCGAAGGCGGCUUGACGAGCAAAAGUACUCAUUUGCAAUUCGACUCGUUAUAUGAGAAUACAACAAUAUAUGACGCGUUGGUACACAUUCUCCUACUUUGUCCCGCGCUCAUCACAUCUUAGCAUAAAUAACCGGGAGAAUUUAAAUCCCAGGAACUACGUGGACUCUAAGCGAGGAUUUCCUGAAGUCCUUAGUAGAUUUUUGCUCUAAUAAUGAUAAUAAAGCGAAGCAAUUAACAUAUAAAAUAAAAAGAGAACAUUUGCAAUGUUCCUAGUAAAUAAAAUCAUUGUGUCCAAAGUGGGUAAUGCCUACCGGAAACGCGUCACGUUGUAUUUACAGAAAGAAAGGGUUUUAUCAAAAUUUCAAUCAUUUUAAAUGUCCAUCUAGUUUCCGUAAAAAGUCGCGAACGAACGGAUACUGAGUUUGAGAUCUUUGUAGGAAUCAUAGCGGCAACACCAAGGCCACAAGUGUUAUUUAUCGUCGGAUAAAAAUGCUGCGAACUACAUCACGAUUUCGUCAAAUAUCCCCGCGCUCAGGAUUUCGCAAAUAUUCGUGCAUUGUUGUAACUAUAAAUUGUAAUAUAUCGUUCAGUAUUAUUGUAAAGGAAAAAGAAGUGCAUCCGCCUCUACUUCAAUUCGUGCAUCCUACAUUCCAACGCGAAAUUUUUAUUUAUGAGAUACACUGCGCCUUCCCUUGUGAUCGAAAGAAAAGAAUGAUAAAUAUGAUAUAUGCCCAUCGUUACCGUGUACAGCAAAUUUUCCUUGAAGUGUAUUUGAAGAUAUGGAAACACAUUUUCUAUUAAAUUUACAGUGUGUGCGUUACCGAAGGUAGAAAAUAAAUGAACACCGUUGAAUCUGCAGUGUUCAAUGUAGUUAAUCUGAAAGUUCUUGCACGCUCGUGAUCCUCGAUAAUAUUGCGAUUGCGAGGCACUUAGAUAAAUCGUUAAAAAAAAUGGUGAAAAUCAUCAGAAAGUUCAGAUUUCGUCGGUGUUAUUAUCUAAAUGUAUUAUACCUGUAUAAAAAAAAAAAACUACAAAAUUUGUUGGUGUA